AAUCUGACCAAAUCUUCAGUCCCACCCGCUUCAUCUCUGUGAAAGAAUCUCAUUUUCUCCGUUUCUAUGAAAAAAAACUGUGAUUUACCAAACAUGCACUUCCUGAUGUAAUCAGCGGAGACCUAAAAGACAACGAGCAGGCAGGAAUCUCACGGUCACUCAGGAGGGAAGAGCGAGAGAUGGCAGAGAUUGUAAAUGAGAGCGGUGGUCAGAUGAUCCCUGAUUAUAAACUAGUCCCUCACAAGGGCUUCAACUUAAUAUCUGGCAUCCAUUCUCCAGAGGAAGUGGAACAAAUUCAGAACUGGAAGAUUCGAGAUACUGACAUCUUUGUCAUUACAUACCCCAAAUCAGGCACUAUAUGGUUACAGCAAAUCCUCAGUUUAAUAGAGGUCAAGGGGGAUGCCACGGCAAUAAAUGAUCAGCUGACAUCUGAACGCAUUCCAUGGAUUGAACUGAUGGGCAGUGAGGAAAAGUUUGUUUCUGCCCCCUCCCCAAGGAUCCGCGUGACUCACCUACAGUACAAAUUCAUGCCACUCGGGCUCAAGAAAAAGAAGGGCAAGGUCAUCUAUGUGGCCAGAAAUCCAAAAGAUGUUUUGGUGUCCUACUUUCAUUUUCACAAAUACGCAACCAUGCUGGAGACCCCAAAAGACUUUGACACGUUUUUUGAGAAAUUCAUGGAGGGAAAUGUUUAUGGGAAUUGCUGGUUUGAGCACAUAAAGACGUGGUACUCCCACAAAGACGAGAUGAACUUUUUGUACGUUACAUAUGAGGAUAUGAUCAAGGAUUUGUGGUCAGUGGUUGAGAAGGUCAGUUUGUUCCUGGGCAAGACCUUGACACCACAGCAAGUAAAUAAAGUUGUAGAGCACAGCACCUUCAAAAAUAUGAAGGACAAUCCUUGGGCCAAUUACCAGAUGAUCCCUAGAAGCCUCCUGAACCACCAACAUGGGACAUUUCUGAGAAAAGGAACCAUCGGUGACUGGAAGAACUACUUCACUGUGGCACAGAAUGAGAGGUUUGACAGAGCGUACCAGCAAGAGAUGAAAGACGUUCCACUUUCUUUCAUCUGGGACAUGAGUGAUCUCGUUACAUCUUGAUCAUCUUGAUUUGUUUUUAUUCGGUCUCCCUUGUGUACCCAGUAGAAGACUUGUCUCAACAUCUGAGAUCUAAAAUCCUUAAAUAUUUGGGCUGUGGAUUACAUAUACAAAAGGCGUACCCAGUGAAUAACCUAAUAUGAACAAUGACCCUUUUUAUGACAUAAAUCAAUAUGCUUCGGUAGAGAGGAAGCAUGGUUUGUUAGUACUUUGUAUAGACCAAAUUAAAAUAUGAAGCUACUGUAAAUAUCCAAAUCUUGUUUACCUGCUACACUGAAUGUAUUUCUGCUACAGAUGGAGUUCAGUGUUCGCAAGAUGACUCACUGCUGACAUCUUGUGGAAUAAUUGUGUUUUAGAAAUGAAUUAAAGGAACAGUUUAUCCGAAAAUGAAAAUUCUGUCAUCAUUUACUCACCCUCAAGUUGUUCCAAAUCUGUAUAAAUUCCUUUGUUCUGUUAAACAGAGAAAAAGAUAUUUGGAAGAAUGCUUGUAACUAAACAGUUCUUGGCCACCA